AUGUUAGAAACUAAGGCUGAAAGACGCGAGAAAACUCCCGAAACUGCAAAGUGUCCAUCUCUAAAGAAAAGCACAAAACAACGAGUUUCUAUCCGGGGGACGAAGGAGGUGAAGUUAGGACCACAGCUGAUUGGUAAAAAUGGUGUCCUUACUCCGUUUGAGUUGGAUGGAUACGUUGCUGGGAUGUCCAUUUUAGAUCGGCUCUUUACGGAGUUGGAAAAAAUUGGGAGCGGAGAUUUCGGCGAUGUUUGGCGUGGUGAAAACAAUGGAGAUGUUUUUGCUAUUAAGAAAUCAAAGCAAGAAGUCAAGACUGGCGACCCUGACAAAUUCAAGGAAGUUGAAAUGCUUCAUCAUUUGCCACGUCAUCCAAACCUUCUUCGAUUCCAUAAGGCCUGGCUGGAAAAAGACUUCAUAUAUAUUCAAAUGGAGUUGUGCCGUACGAACUUGCUGGAAUAUUCAAAAAAUGGAUUGGAGGAGAAAACCAUCUGGAAAAUUGUGAGACAUUUAUUGUCUGGACUUCAUGCUCUUCAUAGAAACAAAUACUUGCACAAUGAUAUAAAACCAGAAAAUAUCCUCGUGGGGUCCGAUGGAUUUUUCAAAUUAGCCGACUUUGGUCUAAUGAGAAGAGUCGAUUGUUCCAAGGGAAUCGAAGGAGAUUCUCGUUAUCUUGCUCUGGAAGUUCUCCUGAAUAAUACGACGUCAAUGGAAUCUGAUAUUUAUGCACUCGCUAUCACAUUCCUCGAGAUUACAACUAAUCUCCAUUUGGACACUGAUGCAGAGUAUAGGGUGAAGUAUAAAACAUUUCAGAUUCCAGAUCGUUUCUUUGAUGGACGAAGUGACGAACUCCGCAGUUUGAUUCAGAAAAUGAUGAACCUUGAUGCCUCGAAACGUCCAUCGUGUGUUGAGUUGUUGAAUGAACCACGGAUCUUCGAGAAUCUUACAGAAAGAGAAAAGAGAAGCUUAAAGAUUAGAGGGGAAUCUGAAGAACCAGCUUCCGAGUGUUCUGAAAUCCGUAAUGGUUCAGUUUCACCGGAAGUUCCAAAGAGUCCAAUUACUAAGAAACCUAGAACUGUUUCUCCAAAAUCUAAAACUCCUAAAAUCUCUCCAAAGAUUUCAGGCUCUCCUUCUACACCAGUCCGACAGCCACCUCCAGUGCUCAAUUUUUCCAGUCCAGAUAAUUCGCCGCCAUCGACUCCACUAUCCAAUCGGAGAAGACCAAUGGCUAGUACAAGACUGUCGCCAAGAGUAUUGGAACUCUGA